AUGAAUAUUAGGACAAUAAGAAUAGCUUCUAGAAGUGAAGUUGAUAAAAUUCUAGAUUUGGUUAACGAUGUCAUAAGAAAUGUUGAAUGGAUUGGUCAUGUUGUCUAUUUUAAAAAGGAGUGGAUGUAUGGUGUUCAAUCUCACAAUCUGGUUAUUUCAAGAACCAGGACUACUCAUCAAACUUUUGGUAUAUUGCAAAUUGAACCAUUCGGUUCCAUUGGAGAAGUUGGGAAUCUAAUAGGAGAAUGUGUUGGUGUGCAUGACAAUGGUGCUACUGAGAUGCUGAACCUGCAGGCUUUGAAGACUUCUAGUUUCCCAUCCACACAGCCUACACCAGAGUCCCUCUUUGGAAAAAAUGUUGCCACAGGACCUCCUCUGCCUCAACACCUUCCCGUACAUCCAUAUUCUCAGCCUUCUAUCCCAUUAGGUCCAUUUGCCAACAUGAUUGGUUAUCCUUUCUUGCCUCAGAGUUUUACAUACAUGCCUUCAGCUUUCCAACAACAAUUCGCUGGCAACAAUACAUACCAUCAAUCUUCGGCAGCAAUACUUCCUCAAUAUAAAAACAGUGUUUCUGUCAGUAGUUUGCCUCAGUCUGCUGCUGUUGCUUCUGGAUAUGAUGGCUUUGGAAGUACUACCACGAUUCCAGGAAACUUUCUUAUGAAUAUGCCCACUGCCCCUUCUGGAACGAACUUGAGUUAUGAUGAUGUUUUGAGUUCUCGGUACAAGGAUAGUAAUCAUUUGAUCUCUCUUCAGCAAAACGAGAACUCGGCCAUGUGGCUUCACGGGACUAAUCCCAAAACAGUGUCAGCUGUUCUAGCCAGCACGUAUUACAAUUAUCAGGGGCAAAAUCAGCAAUCUGGUGGAUUUAGGCAAGGCCAACAACCAUCACAAGGUUAUAGAGUUCUUGGUUACCCAAAUUUCUAACAUUCUCAGACUGGGAUCUCGCAUGAUCAUCAGCAACCAAAUCCAAGAGAUGGUUCGCUUGGGGGUCUCAAGGACAACCUAAGCAAUCCCAACAGAUAUGAAAAAGCGGUUACUAAUCAUACCACCUCUCAAUUUUUCAGGGUCUUGUAACGAGUGUGAAAGUGGCCCUUUCGUGCCAUAUUGAACGAUGAAUAAUUUAGUUUUUAUGAUGUUCAAAA